AGAAUAUAAAGCUAUUUAUGAAUGAAGCAAAACAAUUAGUAAACAAAGUAUCCAAAAUUAAUCAAAAACCAAAAUAACCAAGAAUAUUUUUUUACUUAUUUUAUUAUUAAUUAUCAAAUAAAUACCUUUAAUUAGCAUUAGCAAUAAAUAUAAAACAGUAGUAGAAAAAAGAAAUGGGAAAAAAAGUAGAACAAAGCAACACAACCGUUGAAGUUUAAGAAAACAACGACCCUUCAUUAAAACGCUCAGUAUUCGUUUCAGGAUUACCUUAUUCAGCUGAUACUGAUGCUAUCAAAGAAUAUUUCUAAAAUUGUGGAACUAUUGAAAAUAUCAAGCUUCCUAGAUACUAAGAUACAGGAAAGAUUAUAGGAUAUUGCCAUCUUGUUUUUUCAACUCCAGAAGAAGCUUAAGAGGCAAUCAAAUUAAAUAAGCAAGUCAUGAAUGGUAGAUACUUAGAUAUUUCACUUGCUAAGGGUGAAAAAAAAGUAGAGUACAAGAAUGAUGUUAAGGCCCCUGAAGACUGCACAACAAUAUUCGUUAAAAACCUUGCAUUCGAUUGUACCGAAGAUGAAGUUGGUGAGUUCUUUGAAAAAUGCGGAAAAGUAGUUAAUGUUAGAUUCGUUUAUCACUACUCUCAAAAGCACUUUAAAGGAUUUGCUUUUAUUGAAUUUAAGAUGAACAGUUCAGUAAAUGCUGCUCUUAAGUUAAAUGGUACUGAAUUCAAGGGUAGAAAACUCACAAUUGAUUAUGAAGUUGGUUCUUAGAAGAAGGGUUUCCGUUUUAAAUAGACUUAAGAUGGCAAUUAAAAAUACAAUAAAUAGUACGAAGAGAUUGUUGAAUAAAAAGAAAAAAAAUAGAAGAAAAUUCAAAAAUUCGAUAAACUUAAAAACUUUAAUAACAAAAAGAAAGAUUUCCCUUAAAAAGGUAAAAAGGAAAAUCUUAAGCUUUUCAAGAAAUGAAAAUAAAACAUUAAUUUAUUAAUUUCUAUGUUAUCCAGUUUAUAUUCUAUACACAACUAUGCAUACAUGGAUUCAAUUUUAAAUUAUCUCUGGCUUUCAAGCAAAA